AUGUCAUCAUUACUUCAUUUUUAUCGAACACGUUCAGCUACAACGAUCAAUCAACUAAAACCUUUACAAUAUAUACGUUCACGUAGUCCAGAUGAUGUUUUACAUCGAAGAAGGGAACCAACAUCAUACGUUAGUGAAGACGACGAUUCAAAUAAUCGUGUAUCAACAACAAGUAAUUCGACAACAACAGAUAUGACAAAAAAGAAAAAAUCUAAAGCAGCAACUAUUGCAAAAGAUUUUAAAUCACGUGCUGCUAAUUUAAUACGACGUCGUACAACAGAAGCAACAUUAUCAGAAAAAAGUCUUAUACCAUCACGUGAAGAUGUUCAAUCAUGGGAAGAAUCCUUUGACGCACUUUUACGGCAUCGAUAUGGACAAGCUUUAUUUCGUGCUUUUUUACGUACUGAAUUUAGUGAAGAAAAUCUUGAAUUUUGGCUUGCAUGUGAUGAAUUUCGUACAUGUAAAGAACCAAAACGAUCAGCUAAAGCAAAAAAAAUCUAUAUGGAUUUUAUUGCUAUUGGUGCCCCAAAACAGGUGAAUCUUGAUACUGAAACACGUAUGUCAACAAUAGCUAAUAUUGAUAAUCCACCAUCAGAAACAUUUGAUCGAGCUCAAAGACGUAUUCAAGGUUUAAUGGAAAAAGAUUCUUAUCAACGUUUUCUUAAAUCUGAAUUAUAUAUAAAUUUAUUACGUCGUACAACAUAUCCAAUUCAACGACGAACAACGACAGAAAUGGCAUCAAAAUCAUCCUGA